CGCCCCCUAACCCAUGAACUGACCUUCCUCAAGCUCUGGCCCGGGUCCGGAUCCGCCCCGGCCAGGUCCAGCCCCGCCCAGCGACAAGUUAAGAGCUCCCCUUCCCCACUGUGCGGAGUGCUAAGGACAGAUCGCCACCGGUGGGGGACGUGCGGGGUUGGUUCUCGUCAUGGCGACAGCGCGGGUGGCAGCUACCCUGCGGACCGCUGCUACCGGCGGGAAGUUGCACGGCCCACGGGGCACUGGGGGCGCACGGAGACUGAGUGGUAGCGCACGGCGGCGGGCCGCUGGGGGUGCUAGCCCGGGACGCCGGCUCAGCACCGCGCGGGCACGUGUCCAAUCCCAGCCGGAGGAGGCCGAGGGCGCUGAGGACCGCGUCCAGUCGCCCACCACAACCGAGCCGUUGUGGACGCCGCCUCCGGCGCCGCCCGAAACCCCCGCGCCCCCGGCUGGCCGUUCUCUGGUGCAGCGGGACAUCCAGGCCUUCCUGAACCAGUGUGGGGCUAGCCCCGGGGAGGCGCGCCACUGGCUCACCCAGUUCCAGAGCUGUCACUACUCCGCAGACAAGCCUUUCGCCGUCAUCGAGGUGGAUGAGGAGGUGCUCAAGUGCCCGCGGGGCGUAUCCAGCCUAGCCUUUGCCCUGGCCUUUCUGCAGCGCAUGGACAUGAAGCCACUGGUGGUUCUGGGGCUGCCGGCCCCCACAGCGCCCUCGGGCUGUCUUUCAUUCUGGGAGGCCAAAGCACAGCUUGCCCAGAGCUGCAAGGUGCUGGUGGAUGAGCUGAGGCACAACGCAGCCACUGCAGUGCCUUUUUUUGGCGGCGGGUCAGUGCUGAGUGCUGCAGAGCCAGCCCCCCAUGCCAGCUAUGGUGGCAUCGUCUCGGUGGAGACGGACCUGCUGCAGUGGUGCCUGGAGUCCAGCAGCAUCCCCAUCCUGUGCCCCAUUGGGGAGACGGCUGCACGCCGCUCAGUGCUUCUCGAUUCUCUGGAGGUGACCGCGGCGCUGGCCAAGGCGCUGCAGCCCACCAAAAUCAUCUUCCUCAAUAACUCAGGCGGCCUGCGCAACAGCAGUCAUAAGGUCCUGAGUAAUGUGAACCUGCCUGCGGACCUGGACCUGGUGACCAACGCGGAGUGGGUGAGCACCAAAGAACGGCAACACAUACGGCUCAUUCUGGACGUGCUCAGCCGCCUGCCUCACCACUCCUCGGCUGUCAUCACCGCCGCCAGCACGCUGCUCACGGAGCUCUUCAGCAACAAGGGCUCAGGGACCCUGUUCAAGAAUGCCGAGAGGAUGCUGCGAGUUUGCAACCUGGACAGCCUAGACCAGGGGCGCCUGGUGAACUUGGUCAACGCCAGCUUUGGCAAGAAGCUCCGGGACGACUACUUGGACUCUCUGCGUCCGCGGCUGCACUCCAUCUAUGUCUCUGAGGGGUACAACGCUGCGGCCAUUCUGACCCUAGAGCCCGUACUUGGGGGCACCCCGUACCUGGACAAAUUUGUAGUGAGCUCCAGCCGCCAAGGCCAAGGUUCUGGCCAGAUGCUGUGGGAAUGCCUGCGGCGGGACCUGCAGAUGCUGUUCUGGCGCUCCAGGGUCACCAACCCCAUCAAUCCCUGGUAUUUCAAGCACAGUGAUGGCAGCUUUUCCAACAAGCAGUGGAUCUUCUUCUGGUUUGGCCUAGCAGAUAUCCGGGACUCCUAUGAACUGGUCAACCAUGCCAAGGGGCUGCCAGACUCCUUCUGCAAGCCAGAUUCUGACCCAGGCAGCUGACCCUUACCACAGGUCCUGUAGGCCCUGGGAUAACCAGGGUAAACGGAAAGCCAUGCCUGCUGAGGGUGACCCCAGGCAGCCACAGGCUGGUUGGGGCUUGUUGGCUGAGUAAUUUGCAGAGGAAGAAGCAGCCCCAGCUCUGCACAGAGGGAACACCAAAGUGGGACAAGUACAAAGAGGGGGGGGCCAACCUAAGGUUUUGAAGACACAACCAGGUGGCUUUCAAUUUUCAGCCUGGGGACUGGGGCAUGGGUGCCUUGGAGGGCCCUACUUGGGGCUAACCUUAACGAUAGGCCAGUUUCUAGGCCUCUGUGCCAUUUUGAGGCUCCCUUGCCCAAAAUCUCUGUCACACUCACACAGACACCACCUGAUAUUCUAUCACUCACCCUAAUUCCUUUGGGUCUUGCAAUUUUUCAGAAGGCCUUGAUUAAAAUGCAAAUGCUUCUGUGAGUCAGUUCACACUUGAAAGGAAAUUAGCAGUGACCCUCUGGAAUCAAGAACUUGAGAACCAGGGGACUUAUAGAGUAAAGGAGACAAUAAGAUGGAGGGCCCCAAGGAUGAAUGCUGCCAUCAUCUCCUCACCUGAUGCCAGCUGUCCCCUAGGUUAGAAGACAUUUCAGGCCAAGAGCAGCUCCAGACUCCAUCCCCUGUGGGAGCUCCACCCCCACCCCCAGCUCCCUUUCCGGGCUGGGCCUAGUACAAGACCAAACAUCAAUGGCUCAUCUUUUAUCUACAAGAGCCCAGAGAAGCCACAGGGUGGGUUUGGCUUGAAAGUCUAGACUUGGAUAUGUCCCCCAGCCCCAGUGAAGCUUGUGUCAUCUCUGCAAGACCAGCAUACCUCAGAGGAGCAGGAAUCCAAAGCCCAGACAUUUCAUUCACCAUUUUUUGAAGCACAUGUCAGGUGCCCUACUAGAUACUAGGAUUAUUUUCUGUCCAAAAGUGCACAGAAAAAUAGGGAGAUGUUCAAUUAAAAGUCCCUCUUGGUGACAAAACCCAGGACCUCAGAGAAACCUGUCUUUCCUCAAGAAACAUGUCUCAAGACAUACUGGGCUUAGGUACUAGACACCUGACCUAGAAUCCUGAUUUGUAGCUGGACUUGCUCCGCAGCUUGGGAUAAGCUGCUUACCUUCUCUGAGUCCCCAUUUCCUCAUGUGAACAUGUAAAAUACUUGUUGAAGUGGACACAACCUUAGUUCACUCCCUCUAAUUGCCCUUGCUAAAGUUUUCUUCAAAAGAGCUGGCCCCAAGUGGGGAAGGAAGGACAAGCUACAAGAGUGAAAGAAAUCAAAAGUAUAAACAACAGUAAAGAUUUUGAGGUUUUGCUGUUUUAUCAAGCUGGAGAUUAAACUCAGGGACUUGCACAUGCUAGGGAAGUGUUCUACACUGAGCUAUACCCCAGCUCAGAUUUUGAAAUUCUUGAAGACAGUCAAAGGACUGUGGAACUUUCAGAACAGGGGAAACCAUGGGAGGAUCAAAGUUGGGCUUAACCAGAUAUGGUGUUUCAAGAAACUCACAAUCAAUCCCAGCCAAUGGCAAAGUGCCCUGUGAGGAAAACAGAAAAGUGAAGCCAAAUGUCUAUAUAAAGUGUUUAUUUUUGGAGGACUGUGUGGUCUGGUGUUUGGGAGGGCACUCUACUCCCACCAGGCCAACCAUACAGCUGGAAACAGACAGCAGAGAUGGGAAGCUGGCUGCUGCCUGCUCCA